CAGGGUAAAAUGGAUCCCAAUGAGUUGUACAGUGCAGAUCAGAUAAACAUUCCCCCGACAUUUCCGGAAAUCUUGAAAACCUACGUUAAAUCAGCGAUUCGUACUCAGCCCUAUGAUCUCCUUGCCUGGACGUCAGCCUAUUUUCGUGCUCUUGCCAACGACGAGCAGCCUCCAGUCAAGGAACGGUUCGACCAUCCGCCUUUCACCCAUCCAACGGGCCUCACUCCGAGCUACCUGAGAAUCCUGUUCAAUCAAUUUGGUCGGCCCUCAUACGGCAGCUGUGUAGCCUUGAAGAGCCUUUUUCACCGGUGGCAGGGCAUAGCUCUCCCUGACUUACUCCUUUAUCGAAUCCUCAAGAUCGGUCAUAUUUUGCAUGAUGAGGUUGACCUGUACCGGUUUCUAGCCAUUGCCUGUGGGCUUUUCUCUAAUAAUCUUCUCGAUACAAUGAUCCACAUAUGCGAGCUGCUGACGUCCGAACCACCAGGUGGUUCUGCCAUGAUCCCCCACACAACUCUGGUAAAUCUCUACGGGUAUCUAGCUCACCUCGAUUGCACUGGGCAAACCCCACAGGGGUCUCAUGAAAUUUCCAGCGAUUCAGGAGAGACAUAUCCUGGAAAAAGCAACCACUUCUCCAAGCCAAUCCCCCAGGACUCGGUAUCAAUUUGCACGUGUGAGGUAUCAACAAAGAGCUUGAAAAAUACCACCUCUGAUGUGAGUUGGGAGGCAGGUGUCUUCAGCCAAGUGACCCACGGCUCAGAGAGCACAAAGACAAUGGAUGAGGAUAAACUGCUUGAGGAUGAUGUUCACUCGCUCGAGGAAACUGACGAGAUGUCGACGGAAGUGUUGGCGAAUGAUCACAGGAGUCUCGAGGUCGUCGGGACUCAAGAGGAUCCACUUCCUUCUGCUGAUUGCGAUGACUCGCUGAAUAGAAGUCAUGGGGACCCUGAUGCCCUGGAAAAUGUCUCCGGGGAGAACUCUGGGGAGGAGUUUCCUGGGGAAUAUUCAAGCGAGAGCGAGACUGGGGUCGAAUCGCUGGAAACUCUCGAGAAAUCCAGGGGCAAUUCCCCUCCGGAGGACAUUCCAGGGUUCUGUCGGUGUCUCAAGGAAAAUCUUCAGAGUCCUGGGGAAUCAUCGCUGGAGAACUUUGCUGAUACAUUCGUGGGGAUUAUUGAGGAGAAAUAUUCACCACCGCGUGUCGAUUACUUUGUUCCUGGGAUUGGUGAUGUCGUCAGCAUUGAACGUGUCAAUGCCGUUCAGCUUUGGCUGAUGGACUGCUCACGUCGUCAGCAGGGAUGGGUUGGACCACGUAAUUUGCGGCAUUUUAUGUGUCCGAGAUUGUUUGACGAGUGUCCGGCCAUCGGGGACUGCGAUGAUUGUCGAUGUGAUCAAUAAUUUCCCCAAUUAAAAAAAAAAUCUCCCAAUCACAAUUCGGUAAAUUGACGACAAAAAAAAAUUGUAAUCACAAUACCAAAUGGAGCGUGAAAUAAGGCA